GCCAGACCCGCUACCGCUCGGCUCUCAGCUGGCGCCGGCGCCAACCCAAUAUAUAGGCCGGGCCGGGCCCGCCCCGCGCGCAUGCGCCGCAGACUGACACCUCCGGACAGCGCGCUCCCCUCCCCCGCGCGCCCGCCGCCCGCCCACCCGCGCGCGCAGCGCCGCGCCCUGGCCUCUGUCCGCGCUCGCCGGGCUCGAGGGCCCGCAGGGCUGGCUCACCGCGGCCCCCUGCCUUGCCCCUGCCCGCGCGGCCCGGCGGCAGGAGGGAGCCUUUCAAGAGGGCUCCGCUCCUCCACCGCCGCCUCAGCCCUGCUCCCCGCCGCUCGACUUCGUCAUCUCCCGCCAGUACGUUUCUGUUCCCUCCCUCCUCUCUCAACUCUCGAAGGCCGGGGGUGUGAGGCCGCAGACCCCGGCCCCGGCGUAUGGCCCUGUGGAGGCGGCUCGGGGGUGGGGGUGGGGGGCAGGAGGCACAGAGCGGCUAGGAAGUGGCCAUCCUGUGGCGGAGGUUGGCUGUCCCGCCUAGGCCUCCAGGAACCCGGGUUUUCUGAGGAGACUCGCGGACCCAAAGGGCCCGCCCACUGCGGGCGGGGCGCGGCGCCGGGGACUGGCGAGCUGGCCAAUGGGAGGCGGGGACAGCGGCACAGCGUGGAGCCGCCUGGCGAGCUGGCCAAUGAGAGACGGGGACGGCGGCACAGCCUGGAGCCGCCUGGCGAGCUGGCCAAUGGGAGGCGGGGAUGGCGGCACAACGUGGAGAUGCUGCAGAAUGUAAACACAGCGCGGCGCGCCGGGGACCGCGUGUACCGCCGCGCGCCCCACCCGGGCCUGCUGGGACCCUUGGAGCCCCACGACGGCCACUCUCAGGGAUGCCUGUCUUGCACUUUGCUCCAGCGCGCCCGCCGAGCAGUCUAAGGGAAAGCUGAAUGGCCCACACAGGGCCAAAGUCCCUCCCUGACUUCCUUUCGCUGGAGCCAGCUGACGCCUGCCUCUUGCCUCCGGGGUCACUGUGUCAAAGGACGUUCACCUGGAAGAACACACCAUCUGCAAAAUCACAGGACGCGGUGACACACGGGGAGAGUAGGUCCUGGAUCCACCGAGGGUCCUGACAUAAGCCAGGCCGCGCAGUCUAGCUUAAGUGCAACUGAACGAAUCCUGACAAAUAUGCCUUAUUGUGUUCUCCCAUUGUCCUGGUGUUUUUAUCUAUCGUAGCACACAUUACACUGUAUCAUAGUUGUAAUUGCCUGUUUAUUUGUGUGUGUCUCCCACCG